AUGCCCAGAUACUCCAUCUAUCCCGAGUCCCUCGUGGCUCCCAACCAGUUCUCCCCUUACCUGUCAGUCUCCUUCCGCAGGGGCGUGGAAAGCCGUGAUCCCAUCUUCCCCGCCUCGGGCCUCCAGCUCUCCUUCGAGAGGCCGGACUGCCAGCAGGAGAUCUUUGUCGAGCGCAUCACCGCGCGGGACGUCCAGUCCUCAGAGUCCGGUCUGUGCACCGUCAGCCUGCCCAAGGACGACAUGCCCAAGUAUGCGGUCCGCAAGGGCCUGGAGGAUACCGUCUGCGACGUCGUCGUCAAGCUGCACGCCUGGAAGGGCGAGCGCCACCUUGGCGCCUGGGAGGUCGGCAAGCUGAGCGGUGCCGACGCCUACAAGGUCGUGGCCUGA